AUGAAUACCGACGCCCCAGGGUCACAGCCCCUAUGGGAAGAUCUCCUUCUCAGCUCGGAUCCGGGAGUGAAUGGCUUUUUCAACAGUCCUGCGGUCACCGUGGGUGAUGUGGGUGCAUUCAGCCAUGCCGUGGAUGCAUACGCCCACAAUAAUGGAUCGUCCGAUCCAUGUUCCUCGACCUAUAUCUCAGCCGCACAACUGCCUGAUUUGCCACCUUCCCUCCCAUCGCUCGAGAACACUGUUUGUGACGAUGACUUCCUCAUGCCAGACAUUGAUGACUUCCUAAACAACACAAUCGCCCAACAAGACGAGUUCCUCAACGAAAUGACUUUUCGUACCUAUAUGGAGCCUGGAAACCCUACUCCUGAGCUCUGGUCGGCAGAGCCUCAAGCUCCUCUAUUGCACAGGAAGAGAACAAGACCCUGUUCUACCACGUCGCAUGAUACUGAUUCGCCCAAAAGGAAGGUGAAAGUCGUGGGAAAGAAGUCCGCUUUUACCCAAUUUCAGACGGAGGUACUUGAAGACUGGCUGUCUCGAAAUUUGGCAGAUCCAUUUCCAAGCCCAGAAAUAAAGGCGAGUCUGGCAAACUCUACUGGCUUGUCGGUCCGUCAGGUUGAAAGGUGGUUCGCGAGGACACGCCAAAGGAAGCUCACAAGGCUCAAGCUGGAAGAAGCGGGCAGCAUCGGCGGCGAAGAGGUCAUGGCUCCCAGUCAGGCCCAUCCCCAGCAAGGACCAGAGCUAAGACGGCAUGGGCCUCCGGAGCACGCUUCCUCUCAUCAUGAGUUCGAGAUGCAAGGAAGGGCCUGUCGUUCCCUGACAGGCACAAGGACUGGCAAAAUGUGGUCUUUCGGUUGCUUGAAGAAGCGCUACAGCCUUCUGAAAGAUGUGUACACCCUCGGGUCUGGUUGGCGUGGAACCAGCGCAGCUGCAGCAAGUCUGAACAGACCCAGCAGCUGCCCUCCGCCCUCGAGCAUGGCUGGCUUUCUCGACCUGUUUCUACCACGAAGUUGUGGCGCUCAGUCGGCUACCAACGGGAAAUAUUCCCUGCAGGUGGGCCUGCCAAGUCAUCCCGGUAGUCCUUGGUCUAUCCCAAAGUCCAACAGCAGGAACAGCAAUGAUGGCCGUGGAGAGACAGCGUACCUCGAGCCUAUGUGGUAUCUUCAAGACUGGGGCGUCGAACGAUGGCUAGAGCUUUUACCCACCGAUCCUUGCGGUUUUGAAGCACUGAAUGAGUCUGAGCGCGACCGCGAACCAGCUCCAGACAUGCAAGGUGCUGAAUGCCGCCGGGGAGGAAGAGCUCUGAAUGGAUAUGGCCACUGCGAUCACUUUCUGGGCCAGCUCUCAUCUGGGACUGCUGACCCUAUCACUUCUCUUGAUGUGCGUGGUCGAUCUUCGGAACAUGCUGGCUCAAAUGAAUCAUCCUUGGCCGGAACCCAUGCCAACCAGAACCGCAACACUGAAGUGAGUGCUGUCUUUACAUCCCCACAGCCGUUGCAGGAUGAGGCUACUGGUUCUAAAGACCCGGGAGAAGUUGCUUCUAGCCAUGCGCCACCUGAACUCAAUAACGCCGAGCCUCAUAUUUGCAGAAUCUGUUCGCACUCGUUUGCAAAAAUCGCGCAGUUGAAGAGGCAUUGCCAGUCCCAUUUCUCAAGCAAAGGGCCUUUUAAGUGCCUUUAUUGUAGUCACAGCUUCACAUUUUCGUACAACCUAUACCGUCACCAAAUUCGGCGCCACCCGAAACUGAGGCCGGCGGCCCAGCCUUCAUUACAGCGCAGGAGCAGUGCUGGGAAGGUCGACAGUGGCCACCAGCAGCAUAGCUAUGGCGCGAGUGGAUUGCAGCCGGACCAGUCGCCAGGUGCUGGAAAUCAAGACUUCGGCUGGAAUGGGUCAGCUGCAACUACUCAAAACGGAGCGGGAAGCCCUUACCGUUACGCAGAGUCACUUGGAGGUUCAAGUGGUGCUGCUUCUGUAGCAUCCUGCUCCAGCUACCUGACGUUUGGGCCUCGGAAGGGGCGCAGAGUCGCCUAUGGAGGAACAUCACCAGGAGUCGCAUCCACUUCUCCACCGACUGCAGCUUGGGGCCGGGAUCGGCUCCCUACGCCUCCUGAAAGAUCCAAUGUCGCGGGCAAUGUCUUUUCGAUUGUUUUGAGCCGUCCCCGGACUUCGGGGGAUCUAUAA